AAAAUCCAGUCGGCAACCAUUCUCUUUUAAUGGGACUAGGACAAGCAGAAAGAGAGAACACUCUAUCUCUCUCUCUCUUUCUCUCUCUCCUCAAUAAUCCAAUUCCUUACAGAGUUCUUAGAUCUGAACUCUCUCAUCAAUGGCGCCCGAGAAGGUUACCCACAUGAUGAUGAAGGUUGAUCUUCAGUGUCCUUGCUGCUAUAAGAAAGUCAAGAAAGUUCUCUGCAGAACCCCUCAAGUGAGAGAUCAGAUGUUCGAUGAGAAAUCGAAUACAGUGUUAGUCACUGUGGUUUGCUGUAGCCCUGAGAAAGUUCGUGAUAAGCUUUACUCCAGAGGUGGGAAAACUAUCAAAAGCAUUGAAAUCAAAGAACCCCAAAAACCAAAACCUGCCCCUGCCCCUGCCGCCGGCGCCGAUAAGCCAUCGGAAAAACCCAAGGAGGUGGAGAAACCCAAAGAUGCUAAACCGGCGGCGAAGCCCAAAGAAGAUCAGCCCAAGCCGGCGGCGGAUAAACCAAAGGUAGAUGCCAAACCGGCAGAUAAGCCAAAAUCAGAUGACAAGCCCAAGGGUGGGGAUGCUGCCAAACCAGCUGACAAGCCUAAAGCAGAUGCAAAACCGGCCGAUAAGCCUCAAGCUGAGAAGCCUAAAGCUGCUCCGGCUCCGGCAGCAGCAGCUCCGGCUGCAGUACCUAUGCCUGUGCAAUCCAUACCAGGUCCUCCGGCGGCGAUGAUGGGACCGAUGGUGCCAAUGGGGUACCCAUUUUAUCAGGCUUAUAACGAUGGUGGGUAUUAUGGUGGAAACCAGCAGGGAUAUUAUGCAAAGCCGGUGCCGGUUUAUGAUAAUUAUGGUUACUUUGGGUAUCCUGGUGGAAAUAGCGGCGCCGGCGCCGGUCAAUAUGCCAUUGCUAAUAAUAAUAAUAACCGGCAUGAUUACUAUUACAGCGAAGAAGAGAAGGCAGACUGUUCAAUCAUGUGAAAGGGAUCUCUCAUUCACUCUCUCUCAAAGUGUUCAAACUCUUUAAUCCUUGAUGGGUUUGUUUAUUACUAUUUAUUUUUAUUACUAAAUUCCCAUCUUAAAUAAAAAAAAAAAUUGGACAGUUUAAAUUAAAAGAAUUCUCCCAAAUUUAAUUAAAUUGUGCUUAAUUAUUUAGCACAUAGGGUUAGGGAGAAUAUCUUAAUACAUAUGCAUAUAUAUAUUAUAAUAUAAUAUAAGAGGUCAUGAUUUUCUUAGCACAAUGAGCAAUUAUAAUAAGAUGUUAUACUUUUUUA